GCUAUCGUUAUUAAUAUUCAAUGUGCAUUUACGGUAGUAUGCUAUCUAAUGGUAGUUGAUCUUUCUUUGCCCAGAGGAAUUCCUAUUGAAUCAGAAUUCUGUACCUGCCAGAUUCAUGUCUGAGUGGAAGGGUCAGAUGUACGAGAAGGAUGUUCAAAUCAAAUUGAAAGAAAAGAGGGAGAGCUGUAUUAAGGAUGCAGAGGAAGCUGAGGGCAUUACAAACUACAAGGAGGCUGUGACUAAGAACUUCCUGUGUACAGGAGGGACAGAAGACAAAGUUGAGGACAUUGCCUGCAAAGGUGACUCUGGUGGCGCCCUGUAUCUGAAAAAUCUAAAACGUCGGAUUCAGGUGGGUGUGAUCAGCUGGGGGGUUAAGGACCUGUGUAUGGGUAAUAUCCCAAAGCCUCUUUCAACUGCAACUACUAGAGAUUACCACAUUAACCUAUUCCGAAUGCAGAAGUUCCUCAAGGAGCACCUGGGAGAAAAAAAAUGAAACUAAUUAUGAGCCAUUAAAAUUUGUUGACUGAUAAUCAUAUGUGUAACUUGCAUACAUACUUGCUAAAUACAGUAGGCCUAUAUCAACAAUUCAAAUAGAAUGUAGAAGUUGUGCCCAUGCAGAAGUUGUGAAGAGUAGUUCGUUAUUUUCAGUCAAUGUGAUGUUGUUUGUAUGUUUAUUGUAGGAAUAUGAAAUUAAUGUCUGCAACGGUUUAGAUUUUUACUACAAAUUAACAUGAUUUGGUUUAGUUCAAAUGUGUGUUUGUUGACAGUUCAGUCAAAUAUCAAAUGAAAAUCUGCCGUCUUUGACCUGUUGUGUAGUUAGUUAUGCAUCAAAACACAAUGAUUGUCUUUGGACUUUACUUUGGUCAAGACCCAAAAGAUAGUUUUAUGGUAAGAGCAUGUCCUGGUUAAUUUUCAACCCAGUCAAGUGUUCCGAGAAAUGAUUUUGAAUUUUGCUAGUGGAGAUGACAGUUGUGACAAUGAUGUUUUGUGUGUCAUUGUUAGAUUACAGUGGCUUUUGGGCAUGGCAUAUUUUUUAAAUCCAAUACAUUUUUCAUUUUUUAUUUCAAUCUAUGUGGGUACAUCUUCUCAUUCUAAAUCAGGGAUGGGCAACUUUGAUGGGGGUGGGGGCCACAAAUAUCCGGCACUCAUCAUGAGGAGCUACAGUGGUUCGUGGGUUUGCAUACCCACAUCCAUACUCCCCCCCCCCCCCCACCUUGCGAAAAAAACAUUUUAGCAGCCCCCCCCCCCCCCAAUCAAAUCAAAUUGUAUUGGUCACAUUCACAUGUUUAGUAGAUGUUAUUUGGAGGCUCUGCAGUUGUGGGCAGUGCAGUUGCCGUACCAGGUGGUGAUGCAGAACAACAGGAUGCUCUCAAUUGUUCAUCUGUAAAAGUUUGUGAGGGUUUUAGGUGACAAGUCAUAUUUCUUCAGCCUCCUGUCUGUGUGGGUGGACCAUUUCAGUUUGUCAUUUAGUUCAGUUACCUUGCGUUCUUGGUUAAUGACAGGGAAGAGAAACAUUUUCCGUUUUAAAGUUAAUUUCCAAUUCUGCACACUUGGCCAUGGGGCAAAGAGAAAGUUUUUCCAUUUUAAAGCAAGUUUUCUGCAAUUCUACACAUUUUGCCAUGCGGCAGAGAGUUAAAUGUGUAGUUUUACAGCUAAUUUCCUGCAAUUCUACACAUUUUGCCAUAGGUUGGAGGUAAAUGUUUGCAGUUUUUAAUAUGAUAACUGAUGAUCAAUGGGUCCCACCCCUGUCGGUAAUUCUGCCAUGCUUACUACAAGUUUAGAUAGCUGGCCGCAAGACUAAUUUACCAAUCUAAAAAUGUUUUGCUGACAUGGGCUAAAUAAGUGACUGCUGAUGCACAACCAAAUUUCGAAAUUGCACCUUGUGUAUUCUAUUAUUAUUGAAUAAAAUAAAAUGUGUCAAAUUGGUCCACGGGUCUACAAAAGGGAUAGGCCGCCAGUUGCCCAUCCCUGUUCUAAAUCAACUAAUAUGGCAGUUGAAUUUCUCUAAGUCAUUUCUACCAUUAUGAGAACAUUGUGUCACCAGCAAGAUUAGUAACACCAAUGAUGGGAACACCAAUGACAAAUCUGCGGUAAAUUUAGUAACUCCAACAACACGUUAGAUUUAGACAUAUCAAAAUGUCACGACAUGAUAUGAAAGCAUGCGAUUUAUUGGGCUACAGACAAAAUAAGUUAGGAUGAACUUCACAGGGUGGUGAAAGUGCACAGUGAUGAACUGGAUGCUCCUUUCAAUAAAUAUUAAGGGUCUUAUUCUGGUACCAUGAGGAUUGAUGCUUGGCUGCUGUUUGACAAAUAAAGAUAAUCUCGCA